AUGGUACUGGCAUUUUGUAGACGUGGUUCGGUUAUUCCCAUUUGUCUCUAUCUAUUGGUGGGGAGGUAUAUGAAGGAACGAAUCAGUGGAUUGAGGAAUGAAAGCUCGAAGACAAGGAGAACCGGGCUUUUCCAAAGAAUUACUGCAGCUUUCCCACUCCCUUUGAUUAUCAUAUACAUAAAAGUCAAACUAUCUUCCACUUUCCUACCAAUUCUCUCUCUAUUCUGGCACAUAAAUGAAGGGAUCGAAGAGAUUAUGGCAGAUCAUGUUCACCAAGAAAUGACCCGAAAUUUGAUCUUGGUUUAUUUGAGAUUGUUCCUUUUAAUCGUAAUCAAAGAUGUUUUCUUGUCUCUCGUUUCUUUUCUGAAUAAAUCGAAGAACCUAAUGGAUCCAACUCCUACAUUUUAG